GCGGUAAAGAGUCGGAGGAGAGCGCUACUGAGGACUUAAGGACUAUCAGAGAUGAGAGAGAGACAACGGGAACAAACAUGUGGAACAAAAGGGAGGAUAAGAAAAAGGACAAACUCGCAAUGCCCAGAGAAUCCAUCCAACUCAUCAUUCGCAGGCCAUCGGUUAAAGACUGAGAAAAGCCUUGACAGUGAUGUCCAAUCAGAAGUAGCUAAUCUAGUAAGGAGGUCAUUAAUGAGAGGAUAUUGAUAGUUCAAAGCCUUAUUGGAUAUUGAAUUCCUGUCUCCAGAAACUCUCUCGCAAACACACAAUUCAUUUGGGUAAACAGAAGCUGGAAACAUUCCUGCUUUUUAUUGGAUAUAAUCCUGCUGACGUUGGCUGAUGUCACUGCUUGCCUCCAUCCCGUUCAGCUCCCCAGGGGGCUGAGCCAACCUGCCAAGGAGUAUGGGCAGGAGGGUGGCUGACCCAACCAAUCCAGUGCCUGCGCUGGGGGUUCCCCUAGCAGGGGGGCGAUGGGGGCCGCUGUGCAGUGUAGGGGUGCAAACAUCUCCAGGACUGCGGACUCUCCCCUCCAUCAAACGACACAGCAGCCAACCAACCAACACACAUCGGCCACUCACCAUGGCGACAGACCAAACAACAGCAGUGGAGUCAGGGGGAGUUAUCAGAAGUGACAGCAACAGUCUGCCAGUGUCCAAGGAGACAUCUCAGAACGAGAUCAACAGCCUGACACAGGACGACAUGGGGUCACAGGGAUCAGGCAGCGGCGUUUACUGCCAGAUCAAAGCUAUACGGACAAACUCCAAGGACACAAGAGAAAAAAGGACAGCUCGGUAUACAAAUGGCAGUGUGGUAGCCUCUGAUGUGGUGGGAGGGGUUUGCACAGAGGCCACAGAAGGUAAGGAGGCGGCCCGAGAGAGGAGGAGGGUGCAGUCUCUACGGGGGGAGGGCCAUCGCACGGUAUUAAAGACUGGAAGUGUUUGUACGACCAUGCACGCCACUCCACCGCGGCCCUGUCGAGUGAUGGCAACUUCCUCACCCAGCCUUUGUGGGACAUGUGGGAGGAGACGAUCACAGAUUACACCGUGCACAGGCGCAUGUCGCAGGAAGGCUGUCAAUCAAAUAACAGCCAGCCAGACUUUACCUAAUCCGCCACGGAAACCAUCAGUGGCUCACAGCCAGUCAAGGAAAGAAUCCGCUCUGGACUCUCAGCCUUGCACAAAAAACACAAACACAGAAAACACCUCCACACACACAUCAGUGAAGGCUUCUCAAAUACCACAGCUGUCACACACUAUACCAAAAACACACACCACUCAUUCCAACCACACAUCACACCUCCAGAACAAAACAAGAGAGUCAAAGCAGCUGACAAGGCCACAUUCUGCAGACUAUUCACAUUGCAAGGACUCGGCCACACAAACAACAGACACACACAUGCAAAACACAGAUAAAACAACAGCUCCAGCACACACACCACGACCAAACAUACCACCUACAGAAGCAUCAGAGCCACAUCUAACUGAUAAACUCAAGCAUGACUUAGCUAAAAUCCAGCACAGUGGCGAACACACGCAACAACACACAUCAGUCCGUAACGCUUCCACACAUCCAGCUCCUUCCCUUCACAGUGAUGUAAAAACAACAAAAACACCACAUCUCUCACCAAAAAACUCAUCUAAACCAUCUUGUUCUAAAUUGGCCACACCUGUAGCGCAAACCAAAAACACAGAGGAGACCACAGACACUCCCAAACGAACAUCCUCGGAAAGGAUUAAACUCAAGGACUACGUGAAACAGAAGAGCAAAUCAUUUGACGACCACACUCUGCCUUGUAAGACUCAUAUGAAAGCACAAUGUAAUGGGGCCCCAGGAGGGUUGUUGGGUGCACCAACAGCGCCACGCGGACUGGAGAAGCAGUUGCAGAGUGUGGAGGAGAACCUACAUUCCAAUCAGGAGAAGAUCAAGGUGCUUCUCAACGUCAUUCAAGACCUGGAGAAGAGCAAGGCCUUCAGUGAAGGUCGCAGCUCAUACAGAACUGGUCAGGACAUUAACAACUGCCCCACCUGCCAAAAGACAGCCUGCAUCAUCUACAGUGUGGAGCAUGAUUUCCGACAGCAGGAGGGACGCUUCCUGGGGGUUCUGGAGGUCCUGGAUGGGGAUUCUGAUGUGCCUGCAGCCACUCUGACCAAGCCCACAGCAGCCCCUUCCUCCACCAGCCGUCCCAGCACCAAGGCCCGUGUCAAGAAACUUCGCAAGAAGUGUUUCUGGUGGCUGUAAGAUUUGGAAAACAAUCUUUGGAGCCAUAUGGCUUAUGGGUGAUGAUUGUGUUCCAGGAAGCCCUAAAGUUUUGGAAUAAAGCAUCUCUCUCAUGGUCCUGUGGGUGUGUAUUGUGUUUAAGUGUCAUUAAAAUCAGUGGAGCGUCCCUGUAAAUGGCACUUUCUGCGUAGCAAUCCAUCCUCAGCUCUGAAAAUACACACCAGGGGACCAGAUAGAGAAAAAGAAAAUGCACUAAAGUAAGGAAAAGAGGACCAAAGGAGCUGCUGAACGUCUCCUCUGAUAUAUCUAAGAGGGAGAUCAAGAUCACCAUGACCUUCUCUCUGUGGGAACAGGACUUUAGUGACUAUGUUGUGUUCAACUUUUGACUCACAGUGAGGAUACGGUAUCCCAUUACAAUCCUCACUUAGAGACUUACAGCAUUGACACUUUGGAAGACGAGCAGGCAUAUUGUUUGUCACUUGGCUGAGUGACUGUCUCGACAGAUGGACAGAUGUAUGAACGGAUUUACAGCAAGAUGGAUUCAUGCUACAGCUGGGAAUGAAUCCUCACAACAGUUUUGGCUAAAUCGCAUCCGUAAUCAGGGGAAUCAAAGUGCUUCUGAAAAUCCAAGCAAUUAAAGAACUAAUCGAAAUACUGUGUCUUUGGACGGCUGAGCAUCCAAAAUGUGAAUGUAGCAACAACUGAAGAGCUGAAGAGGAUAUGAGUAAAAAGAAGCUGAUGAGCUUUCCAGAAACAAACAGACAUCUUGCUGGGUGGAUAUCAGGGUUUUAGAGAGCACCAUGGAGAUUGUGAUGAGAAUACAUUAAGAGACAAUGUGAUAGACAGCUGAUCACAGACUGACAGGACGUCAUGUCAGAUGAUUACACAUUCUGUCAACGUUGUCUGACAGAGUGAUUGAUUCUCUCCUUUAUUACCAUCCAAAAUGGAAGUGCUUUGAUGUAAGCUCAAUCUUGUUUCAAGGAUUUUACACACACACCUGCAUACAAAUACAGGAACAAAAAGGCAUACGCUUACAGGCACCAAAACACACACACACA